AGCUUCCUUCUCUGGUUUUGCACACACCUUGGAAUUAUCGUUCUCUUUUAUAUUCCCUCAUUAUGAAUUCAAUAUGCUUUUCUGUGACUCUCAAGUCUCAUCUUCUUCUCCGUUUAAAUUUCUCCUUGAAUCUUCGAUAAUUUCACUUCUUCGCCUUGCUUCUGUCUGACCCAUCUGACGUUUUUGUUGGAUUACUCAAAGUUUUUCAGAAUGGCUGCUGCUGCAUGUCACCUAGCAGUUGGGUCAAUUCAGACUUAUGGAUGCAGCAACGAAUCUGGACCUCAAAAGGCAUUUGGGAAUGUCUCUGUGAAAUUGGUUUCAAAUGGUCAUCUGUUUAAUGUAGGAUUAUUGAGAAGAGGAAGUUGUAGCACCCGUGGGUGCAAAUUGGGUGUAAUUCAAGCCUCAACUUUUCAAACUUCUGUGGCCGAUCCAGUUUCAUCCUCCACAAAUAGCAAUUCAAAUGACUCCCGAAAGAAGUCUAAUGAAGUUGCUUUGAUAUUGAUUCGGCAUGGUGAGUCUUUGUGGAAUGAGAAAAACCUGUUUACUGGUUGUGUUGAUGUACCCUUAACCAAAAAGGGUGUAGAAGAGGCACUUGAAGCCGGUAAGAGAAUUAGCAACAUACCUGUCGACAUGAUUUACACAUCCGCACUGAUCCGUGCCCAGAUGACUGCUAUGCUUGCCAUGACCCAGCACCGUCGGAAGAAGGUGCCAAUCAUUGUGCACAAUGAGAGUGAACAGGCAAAAGCAUGGAGUCAGAUUUUCAGUGAGGAAACUAAUAAACAGACUAUUCCAGUAAUAGCAGCUUGGCAAUUGAAUGAAAGAAUGUAUGGGGAGUUGCAAGGUCUUAAUAAGCAGGAAACAGCAGAUAGAUAUGGAAAGGAGAAAGUGCAUGAGUGGCGUCGAAGCUAUGAUAUUCCUCCCCCCAAUGGCGAGAGCUUGGAAAUGUGUGCUCAUAGAGCAGUUGCUUAUUUCGAAGAGCAAAUUGAACCCCAACUUCUAUCUGGGAAGAAUGUGAUGAUUGCUGCUCAUGGGAAUUCUUUAAGGUCCAUUAUCAUGUAUCUUGACAAAUUAACUUCUCAGGAGGUUAUUAGCUUAGAACUGUCAACUGGGCUUCCGAUGCUUUACAUAUUUAAAGAAGGGAAAUUUAUCAGGAGGGGAAGUCCAGUAGGACCUACAGAGGCUGGUGUUUAUGCUUAUACUAGGAGUUUAGCGCUUUAUCGGCAGAAGUUAGAUGAAAUGGUUCACUAGUGUAUUUAAAAAGCAGGUUUUAUUUCUUGAUGUUCAAUAUUCAUUGCUAUUGGUAUCAUGUUAGCUUAUAAAGCUCUCAUGUGAAAACUACUUCCUCGCAACCAAUGGGUUUAAGGCUUCGUCCACAGAUGGGGAAAAAUGGAUGCUCUAAUUUUCUUUUGGAAGGAGUCAACUAAGCUGAUGAGUUGUAUUAGGUACUUAGCCAUUGUCUCUGUUUCCAGAGUAGAUAUCAAUGGAUGUUUGAUUAUUUACAAGGGAUCCUGUAAAUUAUAAUUAUGUAAUAGGGACUGUAAGUCUGUAAUAAGACUGUAAUUCUUUUUUUCUUCUA